AUGCCUGAGGAUAUUAAAAAACCUACUUAUGAGGAAUUGGAAAGUGAAAAUAAACAAUGGCAACAAGCUAUUGAGGAUUUGCAGGAAGUAAUUGUCAAAAAAGAACAGCAACUUGGUGAUCUGCCUAAACAAAAUAAAGAAUUGCAAGGAACUGUCAAAAAAUUAGAGGAGGAAACGAAGUUGCUGGAAACUCAAAUACAAGAAUUAAAAAAAACUAGUCAACAACCCAACUCCGAAAUUUAUACUUUUACUAAUGCCCCUUUUGAUAAGUUGGCGACUUUAUUAGAAAAAGGAAGAGAGGCUGCAAAAGAACGAGACCAAAUUAAGAAAGAUUACGAGGGGAUAAAAAAACAGUUAGGAACGGCUCUUAUUACUAUUCAAGAUAAGCAGAAACAAAUCUGGCAAUUAGAAAAAUUAUUAGGAAGUCGAAAUAGCCGGAAUAAAAUUAACCGAGAAGUAACAAAAAAAGAAACUAAAUUGUGUGAAAUUUGUCGGCAGAUUAAAACUGAUAAUUUUAAAUAUUCUCGAAUUUCAGGUUCUAAUUACAAUACUUAUCAUUUAUAUAGAAUUUGUUCUUAUUGUCAGAAAAUUGUUCAGCCUAGAGUGAGUGUAGUUGAGUAA